AUGAUCAUCGAAUUAUUGCUAAACCUUCCUGUCAAACCUCUUGUAAAGUUUAAACUUGUCUGCAAAUCAUGGCGUUCUCUAAUUGAAGAUCGCAAAUUCAUCAAACAACACCGUGAUCGAUGCCAACGUGAUGUAAAUUGUCACAAAAUCCUUUUGGCAAGCUGGAAGUGGUAUUAUUAUUGCGACUGCUACUCCAUAGACGCCCCACAGUUUCAACACGAACGACAUUCUGAUAAUGUCACUCUUCUUGAGCUUCCAGUACUACCACAGUUUGAUCCAGAAAUCAAUCUUACACUGGAUGCUGUCACAUACGCGUAUGAUUGCGUAUUUGUGAAUUCUUGCGAUGGUUUAUUUCUUCUACGCUUCUCUUCUGACAUACUUGUUUUGUGGAACCCGACCAUCAAAGAAUCAAGAAUAAUCCCUCCUCCAAUCUCUAUUGAGGAGGAGGAUUCCAAUCCUUUCCUAUGGUUACCUCGAUGCGAUGACUUUGAGGGGAAAAUGGUAGUAGAUGAUGACGGAUUUGUUUAUAUGAGCACGUAUGAGUAUGCCAGCAACAUGAGCAUUAUUCAAUGUAUGUGUUUGAAAAAUGAAAAUUUUGAAGAAAUAUCGUUUCCAGAUGCAGGGGUGAAAUAUCCAGUUCUAUUUGUCGCGGGAGAAAAUCUCUUGCUUAUGAAUGAGACGAUUGAUUCGCUAGUUUUGUACAGUAUGGAAAAGAAUGGAAUGAGGAGCUCAUGA